AAAAAUAAGACGGCUACAUAAUUAGACAAAAAAUGAUGUGUGUCAAACUCAAAUGUCUCUAAUUUUGUAAGCAAAUCCCUGUUAUAAAAUAUUGUAGAAUACAAUGGCUGCCGCGCCGCCACGUAAGGAAUCGAAUUUUCUAAAGGACUUUAUGGCCGGAGGAAUAUCUGCGGCGGUGGCCAAAACAGCCGUAGCUCCCAUCGAAAGGAUCAAAUUGCUAUUGCAAGUGCAAGCUGCCAGUAAACAGAUUUCAGCCGAAACUGCUUAUACAGGAAUAAUGGAUUGCCUCGUUCGAAUCCCGAAAGAGCAGGGUUUUCUCAGCUUUUGGAGAGGCAACCUCGCGAACGUAAUCAGAUACUUUCCAACGCAGGCUCUGAAUUUCGCGUUCAAAGAUAAAUAUAAAAUGUUGUUCAUGCACAAUGUCGACAAAAAAACGCAGUUUUGGAGGUAUUUCAUGGGCAAUUUAGCCUCCGGUGGCGCUGCUGGAGCGACAUCCUUAUGCUUCGUCUAUCCACUGGAUUAUGCCAGAACGCGUUUGGGUGCGGAUGUUGGCAAAAGCAUGCAAGAGAGGCAAUACACCGGCUUGGUAGAUUGCUUGAAAAAAACAUUAAAAUCAGACGGUAUAAUUGGUUGGUACAGAGGAUUUAUAGUAUCCGUUCAAGGCAUAAUUAUAUACCGUGCAGCUUAUUUUGGCAUGUACGAUACCAUAAAGUCCUCCAUGCCGAAGAACACCAGCUUCCUCCUGUCCUUUAUAAUCGCAGAGUCGGUGACUAUUAUGUCCGGCAUAUUGUCAUAUCCUUUGGAUACCGUCAGAAGGCGCAUGAUGAUGCAAUCCGGAAGGGCCAAAAGCGAUGUGAUGUAUAAAAAUACGAUGGACUGUUGGGUGAAGAUAGCGAAAAACGAAGGACCGAAGGCGUUUUAUAAAGGUGCAUUUUCUAAUGUUUUGAGAGGAACCGGGGCAGCGCUGGUUCUGGUUUUCUACGAUGAGGUGAAGAAAUUGUUAUAAAAUUGUUGGAGGAACAAAAUACGAUGGGGUGAAGCAAUUUUUUCUUCUUAAGAUUAAAAUACAGGUUCUCUCCUCUAGGACAAUUCGAAUUGUUUUCUAUUUAAAGAAUUAGCUUAGUGUGUCAUAAGGAGAGUAGGUAUAUAGAAAUUGCCUGUGUUUACAAACAAAUUAAUAUUUAUUUAGUAUAUUUAUUAUACAUUAGUAAUUUUUUGACGACAUUUAAAGUGUAUCCAGUAAAAUUUGCUUACUUUUUG